AUGUCGUUGCUACGCCCAUCAAUUGGGGGCAGACUGCUCAAAGCAGGAACCCCUUCAUUGCGACGAGCUGUCCCUGGCUCCCAACGAUUCGACACGCAUACAGCUCUAGGAACCACCCUGACAACAUCGGACAAGGCCCCGGGAGCUACACCUGAAUCUUCUGUCACCACUGAGGAGCAAUUGAAGGCACCCAGACACAAUCAGCCGGAUUACUCGGUACAAGUUGAUCAAGCUUCAUCACUUUUCUCCCCAGUCCCAAAGCGAGUUAUGAACGGCAGCGAGGAAGGCGAAGUUCUACCAGCAGCUGUGCUAUCUGGAGCACCAAUUGAACUUGAAGCCCGAACCGUCCGCAUCUACCGCCCCACCAAGCCCGCGACACAAUCAGGAGACUGGCAUGGUCACGAAUGGCGAAUGGACUGGGAUAUAUUACCCAAAGGGCACCGUUGGGAGAAUCCCUUGAUGGGCUGGCAGUCAUCGGCAGACUUCAUGCAAGGAACGAACAUCACCUUUAAGACCAAAGAAGAUGCUAUCAGGUUUGCGGAGAAGCAGGGCUAUGAGUACUUCGUGCAGGAGCCAAACUCCAGAAAGAUCGCACCAAAAAUGUAUGCGAACAACUUCUUGUGGUCGGACAAGAAAUUGAAGCACAUUCGGACGAAGUAG